AGAGGAGGGAGCACUGGAGGGAUCCCUUUCCUUGCCAGGAUUUCGCCUAGUGCGUGGCGAAGGGAACAGAUGGGAAGGAGAGCGGCGGUCGGGGGAUGUCCCUCCCCGGCUUUACCAAUUAAUCGGUGCCCCCGGAGAGUUCAAAGCCGCUGCAGCCUUUGCUCUCGCUGGGGGCAUCAAUCAUUAACCGGCAGCUUCGGUGUCUCGUCCAGGGCGUAGAUGGGAAAGGGGAAACUUUCUCCGCAGAGGAUUUAAGAAACCGAAGCCGAGAUGGGCGUCUUGCUGGGCCACAGAAAUCCUUGACCCAGGCGGCGGCUGGCAAGGUUUGAAUUACUGAGAUGCUGCUGCUGCUGCGUGCAGGCUGCUGGGGGCGAGCGAGCUGCUAUUGCUGCUGCCUCCUGUCCUUGCUGCAAUGAGUGAUGCGGGAGGAGGCGGCGGUGGUGGAAGAAGAGGAGGAGGAGGCGGCGGCGGCGGCUGCUGCUACUGCGAAACACAAAUCCACUGCAACUCCUGCAGGAGCGGCAGCGGCAGGAAAGCGGCUUUGCCUUUGUGAGGUUACAUCACAAUCCCGGCUUGGGCUGCUGCUCCUUCUGUAAGCAGCAGCACUCAGGCGACUCGCCUCGCCGCAAGCCCGGCGGGGGGAGGCAGCGGCAGCCGGAGAGGGAGGGGACGAGCCAUGCCCGUGGUCUGCGCCGACCAGGGCCACGCGCCCCCUGGAGCCGCCUCGCCAUCGCCGCCGCCGCCGCCGCAGCAGCAUCAGCCGCCGCCUCGCCAUCGCCGCAGCCGCCCUUCGGCCGGCGCCGCUCGCCGGGCCGCCCCUCUGCUGCGCUGGGAUGAGGUGCCCGACGACUUCGUGGAGUGCUUCAUCCUGUCGGGCUACCGGCGGCUGCACUGCACGGCGCAGGAGUGCCUGGCGUCGGUGCUGCAGCCCACCAACGAGACGCUCAACUUCUGGACGCACUUCCUGCCGCUGCUGCUCUUCGCCAGCAAGUUCUGCCGCCUGCUGCUGCUGCGCGGCGCCGGCGACCUGCCCUUCCACCACCCCUUCUUGCUGCCGCUGUGGUGCUACGCGUCGGGCGUGCUGCUCACCUUUGCCAUGAGCUGCACGGCCCAUGUGUUCAGCUGCCUCUCGCUGCGCCUGCGCGCCGCCUUCUUCUACCUGGACUACGCCUCCAUCAGCUACUACGGCUUCGCCAGCACGGUGGCCUAUUACUACUACCUGCUGCCCGGGCUGAGCCUGCUGGAGCCGCGCGCGCUCAGCCGCUACCUGCUGCAGCGCCUCGGCUGGCACGUGGACUGCAGCGCGCCCAUCGCCUUCUACAGCGCGCUGGUGCUGCCCGUGGCCUUCGCGCUGGCCGUGGCCUGCACCGUGGCGUGCUGCAAGAGCCGCUCCGAGUGGUGCGCCUACCCCUUCGCCAUCCGCACCUUCGUCUUCGCCAUGCCGCUCAGCAUGGCCUGCCCCAUCAUGCUGGAGAGCUUCCUCUUCGACCUCAAGGGCCACAACCCCACCCUCUUCGUCUAUUUCUACCGGCGCUACUUCUGGCUGCUGGUGGCCGCCUUCUUCAACGUCAGCAAGAUCCCCGAGCGGAUCCAGCCGGGCCUCUUCGACAUCAUCGGGCACAGCCACCAGCUCUUCCACAUCUUCACGUUCCUCAGCAUCUAUGACCAGAUGUUCUACAUCGAGGAAGGGCUGCGGCAGUUCAUGCAAGGCCCGGCGCCCGCCUCGCCCACCUUCCUGGGCACGGUGGGCUACAUGCUGCUCUUGAUAUUGUGCCUGGUCCUCGUCAUCAGGAGAUUUUUAAACGUUCCAGAGUUCGGCAAAAACGAUUGAGGGAUCUUCCUCUUAUGGGUUCUCACAAAGUUCCUCUUUAAAAACACGGCUGAGUUUAGAGGCGGGGCCUGCAAGACUCUCCAAGGCCAACUCUAUGACAUCUGGUACCUUUCCAAGGAAGGUACUAAACAAGAGCACUGAAUUCAUCCAAUCAAGCACUGAACUCCUUCUAGAAAACUGCUGAAUCACUUGAAACAAAAUUAGAUUUUAAGGAAAGGCAAUCGCACCACAGUACUGUAUACAACUUAUUUUAUUAUUGCUGCUUAGGAUAUGAAUAGAAGCCAUUUAGGACUACUGCUUGAAAUCUCCCUACAAUUUGAUCCUCAAUGCAUUAUUUGAAAGUAAAUCGUGUUGAUUUUCUUCCAGCGAAUGCACUUUGGAUCUGGGUUUCAGGGGAACAAUAUGCAUGGACCAUGUGAAUGCUAGCUACUGAUUUCAGAUUGUCUAGGAAGUGUUAUUUCAAUUUAGCAAUAUAUACUAGACCUGCACUGACAAAACAAUUAAGAUUUCACAUCAGACCCCAUGUGCAAUUUCUUGGCAUAUUAGGCCCUCAAGGAUGCGUGUAUGCGCAUUCUGAGUUAAAGCAUUUUGAAGUUGUAUGCAUGGGAACUGGAUUUUCAACACAAGCAAAUUGAGGUCCAUUCCCCCCUUUUCAUUUAACAGCUUUUGCCGAAGGCAAAUAAGAUGCUUAAAGCUUCUGUGUAGGGAUUUCUUUUAAGUAACUGUGAAUUGUAACAGCCAGUGUUGAUCAGAGACUGUGGAUCAGAUUUUGAGAACAAAGCUUGAGCAGGUAAUCUAGCCCCCCUGGCCACCCCAGCAGACUCACAAACAUCAAGCCUGUUUCUCACAAGUUUUGUACGCUGGUUCUGAUACCUGAUUACAAAGUACACAUGAAUCCUGUCAGAUAUGAAGGGUGUAAAUUUGCAUAAGUUGCACAUACUCAUACCUGCCAACAUGUCCCUAUUUUCCCAUUCAGGUGAAUGGGAAAAUAGAGACAUGUUGGCAGGCAGGCAUACUUGCAAUGAGUGCCCUCUUCAGAACAAACAGGAGUAUUUUGUAUAUUAUUAGUAUUAAAAUUAGAAUCUUACCUUGCAAGAAGCAGUGCUAAAUAUAGGACCAAAUCACCAGCUAGUUUAUGAAGGUGUUACGUGGCAAAAUUUGUUUCCUUAUUUGUUAUCUUGGAAAAACAGCCACUGAAUUUUCUUUACCUGCUGAUUGGUUUACAUGUACAGGGACUCCCAUUCAGGCAUUCACAAAAUUGGGAUGCUGUACCCAGUUACUGUCAUGACCCCAUAUCCAGGAAUCCGCCCAACCCCACCUGGAAGAUGAGGACAGUUUGGGGGGAAGUACAAGGUGGAGAGAACCUGUGACCUGAAGCAUGUGACCCGGUGUCACUGGGACCCCUCACACCAAAAGAAUGGGGAGAACCCACCCCAGCACCCCCAGCACAUCCCAAAGAUACAGUUCUGCCUUUGUCCUCUGAGGACCUACCUUAUUUUCAGAGGCCCUCCAGUGUCCCUGGAGCCAGUACUUGCAAAAUUGGUCAUUUAUGGAACAGAUCCUGCCCUAGGGAAGGGGUGGGGUUAAGGCACUCUGCCUGGGCUGACAGUCUGCUCUGGGGCACUGCUGGAGCAACAUUCCACUGAAUAUAUUACCCAGCCCCUAUGAUCCUGCUUGUCUUGAGCUGAGGUGCUGACUCCCUGCACAUGGAGCUGUCCAAGGUCUGCGGUACUCUGACAUCCCUGCCUUGAUAGAGACUCCAGCUUAGUUCAGAACAGGAUAGGUACAGUGUCCAGCAGAGCAUAACAGCAACCCCCCCCCCAUGCCCACCCACUUAGAGCAUAAGAACAGCCCUGCUGGAUCAGGCCCAAGGCCUAUCUAGUCCAGCACCUGUUUCACACAGUGGCCCACCAGAUGCCUCCAAGAAGCCCCCAGGCAGGAGGUGAGGGCAUGCCCUCUCUCUUGCUGUUGCUCCCCUGAAGCUUGAAGGCCCUUAGCCACCAAACUAGUAGCCACUGAUAGACCUGUCCAUGAAUUUGUCUAAGCCCCUUGCUGUCCAUAAUGUCAGUCUUUGUCUGAGGAGACAAGCACUGUACUUGGGAAGAGAUUCUCCCCAUGACUGGGAACACCCAGCAGACUAUGGUGUAUUUCAGUGUGAGAAUGGGGCUUGCUAGUUCAGUUGCAUGGGCACUUUACGUGGGUACAGUGUCCACACUUUCAGAAUGAGUGAACAGGGCUAGAGGAAUGCUGAGAGAGAGUUUUGAAACAACCCAUGGCAAGCUCUUAUCUUGCUUUCAUCCUGGGAUGUUACCCACAUAAACAGUAGCAGGGUCAUUAUCUUUUAGGUGAGUUCACAGUUCCGCAGAGAAACACAGUGACCUGUGGGUGAUCCAUGAGAGUCAACAAAGGAGUAUCCAUGAAAAUUACUGGAAUUCUAUGUUCAUGUCGACUGUGACUGUUACCUCAGGACUGCAAUUUUGAUAUAACAACUACUGAAUUUUGGCUGUGUAAGCAAGUUGUCAGUAACACUCAAAAAACUGCAAUGUAGGCCUCCAGAGACAAAACCCCAAACUAUACGGUAGUGAGAUAUUUGUGGAAGUAAAGGCAGUAGUGUUUGGUGCAAAGCUCCUAUUCCAAGAAGCAAAUGUGGGAUCUUAAAAGGCCUAGCAGACUUAUUGUGGCAUAUAUUUUUGUGGACUAGAGUUUAUUACAUCAGAUACACAAAGUGUUAUCCUCAGUUGGCAAAUAUAUAUAUACACACGGGGAUGUAGAAGAAAAAUGGUAGACGGUGGGAACAUAAAGGCCAUGAAAUGCAGGCAGCACAGUCCAUACUAUUUCUUGCAAAGCUCAGAUGUAUACAAGAUAAACACAGUGGCUGACGUCCUGACUACUAAAGCACCGGUGCGAUGGGAAAGGUACCAAUGCUCUGAAAAGUUCCGGUAAUUCAGUUCAAUUGCUGGCUCAGUAGUGGGGGCAAAUUUCAACAACAUCCUGGUCCUUAGGAAGUGCUCUGUGACACCUGAAAAUGUGUCCCUGAGGGUUAGCAUUAGUCUGGAACUCUUCAUUGAUUCUACAUCGGUGUUUCUCCUGUUACACCAGUGCUUCAUUAGUCAGGAUCUCAGCCACUGACCAUUCACAAUAGCAAUAACGGAUGAUAACACAAUCUAGCUUUGCUAUGCUAAUUUAGUACUCCUUGAGCCGGGUCUCACGAUCGGUGAGACUAAGCCCGCUCUCCCCGCAGACGAUCUGUGUGGGAGCCCUGGGCGGAUGGAUCGGCCACCCACACAAUUGCCGGCUCCGUGACGGAGCUGGGGGGAGCGGGGGCUGAUCGGCCCCCGGAUUCUCCAGCAUGCCCUGUGCGAGCACGCAGAGCAUGCUGGCGAGACCCCUGGAGCCGGGAGGCGGCUUUUUGCCUCCCCUCCGGGGGUCUCCUCAUGAGUAACCGCGGCGUGGAGCCGUGCCACGGCUGCUCACAAUUUUUAAAACCAGGCACCUGGUUUUAGGGCAGGGGUACUUAGGCGGGUUACCCGCCUAGGAACCACCGGGCUUGCAGCCGAGCCCGGUGGUUCACACAAUGGGUCAAAAUCAGGCUAGCCUCCACUAGCCAGAUUUCACCCCCUCGUGUGAAUAGCCUCAUAGUGGGAGAGAACAUCUUGGUUCCAACUGAGUCCUAAACAGAUACAUCAAACUUAUGAUAGUUUCUAAUUUGACAGUUUCAGGCUGGAGUAUGCUUUUGUUAAGGAAAGGUGACUUCCGUUUCAGCAGCAGACUGCCAUGGGAUUGUAGGCUAAAAUGUUAUUCCACUGGCUUCUGAAAGUUUCUAGUUUUGAUGCCAGAUUUGUUUCCAUUCAUGUUGAGACUGGAGGGUAGGAUAUAAAUGUUUUAAAUAAAAACAUGUAUUCCUGUUUGUCUUAGUGGAGAGCUGGUCUUGUCAUAGCAAGCAUGACUUGUCCCUUUUGCUAAGCAGGGUCUGCCCUGGUUUGCGUUUGAAUGUGAGACGUGUGAGCACUGUAAGAUAUUCCCCUCAGGGGAUGGGGCUGCUCUGGGAAGAGCACGUGCAUGCAGAAGGUUCCAAGUUCCUUCCUUGGCAACUCCAAGACAGGGCUGAAAGAGACUGCUGCCUGCAACCUUGGAGAAGCCUCUGCCAGUCUGGGUAGACAAUACUGAGCUAGAUGGAGCAAUGGUAUAAGGCAGCUUCCUAUGUUCCUAUGGCAUAUAUAAUGUUGGAGAUAUGAACCCUGUAUGGCAUUGUUGAUGUGAUUAGAUCCUGUAAUAGUGUUGUCUGAGUGGAUAUGGGGACAGAGUUGGCUUCUGUGUUUGUUGCAGGGGCUGGUCCCAGAGUUUGUGUUUCUGUUGGGUGGCCUGUUGCUGCUGGUGAAUAGCUAUUGCAGAGUUCUCUCUAAGCAAGGACAGACCAACCACUCAUGGCCUAUGAGAAACGAUCAUCAUCUUGUAGGGCUUGGGUAGUAGGCCUGUCUUUGCUUGAUGUCAUCACUUGCAAACAGUGUCCUUUUGUUGUUUACCUAGGACAAACAUGAAUAAAUGGACACAAAGGUCUGUAUACCUCUAACGUUUUAAAAGUCUAUAUAUAUCUGGGAGACUGCAAUGUUCACUGGGAGGACAUUUCAGUCUCCCAGGAUCCAGUGCUGCUGGCCUAAAUGUUACCAUUCUCCAACAAGAAAAUUCAAAGGAGAUCCACCAGCGUGAAAUUGCUGAAAUUUAUCACUAAGCUUAGCGCUCUUCAGACGUUUGGUACUCACGCUUACAGGGCCAAAAGCAGGGAGGAAGUCCCGCCCCUGCACUGUCACUCCCCUCCAGCUGGCCACUAACACUUCAGCUGGCCACUUUUCAUUCUAUUCAUUCAGGACUCUGUUGAAAUCAAGGUUUUCGCCCUAAUAGUUAUUAAAUUAGCACAGCAAAGCUAGGAAGAUUGUGUUAUCACUGAUUAUUACUUUUGUGAAUGGUCUCUGUACUUGUCUUCUGUGCAUUUGACUUUUGUGUAGAAAUGUCUCAGGCACUCUGUAUAAGUGUACAGAUGUCUGUACGCACGUACAUAUUUUAGUGUGAAUGAUGUGUUCAUUUUAAAAGUGAACCUAGCUCCUCAAAUGCAUGGUACAGAUACGAAGUGUACUGCUGUACCUGUGCACAGAUCUGUACCUGUGUACACGUACUUUUAUUGCCUGAGUAUUCAACAAAAUGCCUGAAUAAGGCUUGUAUUCCUUGCAUUUCAUGGCCUUUUGGCCCCUCUUUACAGUUCUUUUCUCCAUACAUGUGUGUGUGCAUGUGUAUGUACACAUAUUGUAUAUGUAGAUAUGUUGUCAACUGAGGACAACACUUCAUGCAUGAUGAAGUGGGUUCUAGUCCAUAAAAGUAUGUGUUGCAAUAAAUCUGUUAGUCUUUAAUGUGCCACAAGUUUUUGCUGGAACAGACGAACAUGGUUACCCUUCUGAAUUCCCAGUCUCACAACUCUAUAGCUAUGGACUUGAUUGCUGUUUCCCUGAAAGAGGAAACACUUAUUCUGAGUUUAUCCAAAAUAUUACUGAAUGUAAAGAUAACAGCAUAAUUGAUUUGUGGAGUGAAAGAUUUGCCAGCAACAUAGAUGAAGCCAAAACAUUGUUUUGUAUUACCUUUAUAUCCUUUCUCUGCUCUUCUGCUGUUUCCUAAUUCAUUGUACUUGAAUUACAAGAUGAGUGUUAAGUCAUUUAAUCUCAGGAUAUGGAUAGUCCAGAGGGUUUAAUUUGGGUGACUUCUGAUCUACUGUUUCACAUCAGAUGCAUGUAUAAAUCUUUUUUUUUUCUUAUGAAGGAUCCCUAAAGCAGUUCAGGGUAUUGCAUUUUGAACGUGAUGAACAGCUGAAUUGAUUCAUGAUGAGGCAUUCUGUCAGUAUUCAUAUCAGUGUUUAAGGCUGUAAAGCGGACAGUGUUUACCAUAGGGGAAAAUGUAAUCUGACUAGCUAGGACAGUAAACUGUGAUGCCAUAGUGUAGUAUAGAAAAAUGCAUUACAGUACAAGCAAUUUACACUGUGAAGUUUAGGUGGCAGACCAUCAAUACUCUCUCUGCAUUGAGAAUAUUUAGUGUGGAAUUUUUCCUUAAUAGAUUGUUCCUGCUUUUGAACUGAGAAAUCGGUAGCCUAUUCUUGGACCAAAUUACGUCAGCAUCAGUGCAUUGACGCCCUCUAACAUAAUGCUUAACCAUGGUGUGUUUUCCUUAACUAAAUGUUAUGUGUGAAUACUAAACCACGGGUUGUUUCUCAUGCUCACAACGAGCCUAGCGAAAGGGGAUUUGGGAGUAUGUGCACUCCCAAUUUCCCAUCAUAAGAACCUGGAAUUUUUCAUCUAUGUCAGUUUGGCACCACGCCCACCCAAUAUUUAACAGAAAUCUUCCUCCCUAGGUCAAAUCCCAGAUCACCAAUCCCUACUAAAUAUCGUGUUGGUGCAGUUGGUGCAAUGUUCUUCAUCCCAACAUUGACAAAUAUUUCAGGUUCAUCUAAUCAGACAUGGGGGGUGGGGGGCAGCAAACACGCCGCGUGAAUCUCUCAAUUCCCCUUCUGCUUGGCUCAUCACGAUCUUGAGAACCAGCCACAUGUUUAAGAACUGACUGCAAGCUAGAAUGUAAAUGUGAAACUGUGUUUUGAAAUGGGUUUGGGUUUGCAAAUGAUGUGUGUUGCACUGGCUGUGGUUAAGUGCUACAGCUUCAUUAAGCACAACAGGGAAGUUUCCUCUCUCUCCAGCCUCUCAAUUUACAAGAUGACAAACAGGUCUCAGAGGUUUCACUGUAUAUCUGGGAUUGUAACCAUAUUUUGUCAUCUUAACCCUAGUUAAUCCUCACCAUGGUUAAGUCUUGUGUCUGUCAUGGGCCUGACCAGGGAAAUAUUUCUUUUCUGGGGCAAUCUUGACUUUAAUAUGCAGAGUAUCCACAUUUUGUUUCUCUUAUACAAAGUUUUCCAGAUGCCUCUGUACACAGUACAGAGUAGCCUCUGGCCCCCACAAACUUUCUUAUCAGAGGAAAGGAGACAAAUCUAAACUGUCCAUGCUGUCCCUGAUACCAAACAAGAUAAGCGCCUUACCCUGCAGUCUUUUGUCAGGAUUGCCAGUGUUUGGAUAAAACCGAAUAUAUUUUUGUUAUUGUGGGACUUGCUGGAAACAGAAUAGAUAAUAUCAGCGGUUAUAUCUCAGCAAAAUCAUGAGUGUUUCCUGUGACAUCUCACUUCAGCUGUAACUUUGACUCUUCAACCCCAGGAACACCACAAAAGUAGGAAGAAAACUGGAAUCAAGUAGAAUCAAGAAUUAAAGGUCUUGAAAGUUGCCCAAUCUUUCCAUGGUUGAUUUUUGCCUCAAGAGGCCGCCUUUAGUGAUUGAGACAGCUGGAAAAAAUGUUUCCCAUGUUCUGCCUCAUUAAUAGUUAGGAUGCUAUGGUUUUGAGGUUUGCCUCAAUAAUGGAAAAAGGAGAUCAUCUUUGGGAUACUUAGUUUUAUAACAGUGGGAUUUAGCCUUGAUAGGACUUGAUCUAAUCCACCAUGAGCACCACCUCUUACCAUUAGCAAAGUUCUGUUUCUCUUCCCCCCUCCCUCACCAGUGAUACAUCCAUGUGUACAUGCAUUCAGUUUGCCACAUCAUUAAAGGAAACUGGAGAACUAUUCUGUUUCCUUGUUUUGCUUUCCCCUAUUCUACUCCACCAAGGGGCUUGCACUCCUUAAUUGAGCAGAGAGGGGAAGGCUAGACAGAGAUGAGGAGGUAUCUGCAAGCCUGCCAUUUCCCAUCAUGUCCUGGCACUGUGCCUGUGUGUAUGCAAUGGGGUGGUGGUGGGGAGAAACAAGGCUUUUUUGUGGUCUAUGGUGUUCCCUCUGAGAUGGGUGCUGUGCCCACAGUGAGCUGGAUUGAGUCCAUGAUUGAGUCUUGUAACAGUCCAAUAAUUGUAAUAUUAUUUGACAAACAUAGUUUCCAAAUUGUGGCCCAUGAAUACUUGCUGGGCUGCUUAGUACUCAGAUGACCUGGUUUCCAACUUGUGUUUCAUUUUUUAAAAGUGCAAAAUCUAGAUUUUGUUCUGAGAUUCACAUAGUUCCAGUGGAGUGUUAUCUUUCUUUGAGAUUCCCUGCAUGGCAGUGAGUGAAAGAGAUGGUUGGUUUUUGGAGCAGUAAUUCUAAUAUGUGCUCCUAAAAAAAUCUACUAGUAUGAAAAGAGAGAAAUUGUGUGAAUGUGAGUGUGUGUGAUUGUGCCACUCGCCAGUGUUAAUGAGGGAGAUCUCAGAACAUUCUACCACCUUUUAGCUGAGGAUUGAGUUGAAAUUUCUCUUGCCUUGAACAGAAUUUCCAAAUGUGGAGCAGCUGUAGGAUUUAACCCAUAUCAUAUUCUUCACAUAUUCUGGGUAUAUACACAAUGAGUUUUACAUUAGACUCGCUAAAAAUAAAUGUUGUUGUUGGGUGUAAUACAACCCAGAUCAACAUAAUUGUUUUAAUGAUUUGCCCAGAAUGACUCACCCAGCCUUCAAAAUAAAUUAUUUAUUAGAAAGACUUCUUCAGGACAUGCCAUUAGAGCAUCCUGUCAGCAAUUAGGAAAUGAAUUUUUUAAAAACCCUGAAAAGUCAAAGAGUGUAUGCUCUCAGUGCUAAAAGAAAGCUCAGAGUACGAGCUAACCGUAAAGAGAGCCUCUAAAGAGAAUCACAUAAUGAGUAUUUUUUAUUGUUGUUGUGUUUACAAGUUACAGUGUAAGGGGCCUCUUGCAGAGCAAUGUCAGGCCGUGGUGAACUGUAAAAAUACAUUUGAUAUUUGGGCCAUGUGAUGUCUUCUAUAUAUAUCUCAAGUACAGAUAAAGGCUUAUGGUGCUGAUUUGGUGCUAGCUAUCCUUAAUGUCGUUAUUUCAUUUUCUUCCACUUCCAGACUUGCAGGUUUUUGUUCAUUCAGGUCAUAUUCAUAUAUUUUUGCUUCUUGCUAAAUUUGUUUCCUGUGUUUGAAGCAUGCUAACAGCCUUGAGCCCAUCUAAGAAAUCAGUUAUGACUUGUGAUUGCUGCUUGCAGCCUAACUUUAUGAUUCACUGGAUGUAUCAGAGCGCAAACUAUCAAUUAGAUUAGAUUGUUUUUUGUUAGAACUUUUAAAAAAAGUUUUCAAUACUCAUAAUACCAACUGCUAUGUUUAGCUGCAGGAUUUCUAAGAUGCAGUUAUUUGAAUGUUUAUUUUUAGUGCAUUGAAGGGCACACAUGUAGCUAUACCAGCAUGAUUUGCUACUUGACGGUCUGUAGAUAUUGAUAAAAGGGAAGAAUUAAACAGUUACAAUAUGGAGCCCUGUUUUUUGUUUUUUAACGUGGCAAAAACCACUUUUUUGUUUUUUAACAGUGGCAAAAGCCUUCCUAAGUUAUUUGUGAGCAAGAACCAGCAUCUGGACUGCAAGAAAUAAGAAGAAAAAUUAGCUUAUCCACAGGCAUAUGCAAGAACCAGACAGCAGCUUUGCCCUUGAGGAGUGUUCUAAUGUUUGCAGGGCUUUGAAUAUUAGGCAUUCUAGCUUAUUCCUUUGACCUCUUGUAAUGUGUCUGGACUUGCCACCUUCCCCAGGAAAGUCAUGAGGGAGGGAGUGGCCACUGCUUGUUCAUGUAUACCAGUUUAUUCAAAUAUAUUAUUGUUUAAAAUUGCCCACUGCCUAAUAUUUAGCUUGGUGUAAAGAAAUACUAGUUUGAUGGCAAAAUGUGGCUGGAUCUGUCGGGGAAGAUUGUAGAGGUCAGUAGCAUGGUGUACAACUGAUUCAGGUCUCUUUGUGGUGCACCAAUGGCGUUUAUACUUAAGCAAGGUGAUUGUUGUGAGUACCAGUGGUGUGUGUGUGACCGCCCCAAAAGAAAGUGACUUUCUACAGAAUAUGUAGUGUUUCCCGCUGCUUCAGAAUGUCUACCUGUUAUUAAGUUUUCUGUCCUGAGCUGCCCAGGCCAGCUAUAGUGUUUCUGGAAGUGGGACUGAUGCACUCAUUGUAUGUCAGAACUGGAAUUUGUGAUCCAAUGCACAUCUAUUUGGAAGUGGAUUUAUUGGAUUCAGUCAGCUUUACUUCCAGGUAAAUGUGCUUAGGAUUGACACACAAAUUUUGCAUAAAUCAUAGGAAGCUGCCUUAUAUUUGAACCAGACCAUUGGUGCAUCUCACUCAGUAUUGGUAGGGGUUUUGGGGGGUUUCAGAUAGGGGUCUUUCCCAGCUCUAGCUGCAGAUGCUAGGGACUGAACUUGGAACCUUCUACAAAAGACAUGUGCUUUACCACAGAGCUGCAACCCUAUCUAUGCCAUCCCAUUUCAAGAUGCGGUGUAAUUAUGUACACCACCUAGAGAAUUCUAUAUUAGGCGGUAUAUAAAUUCAAUCAAUCAAUUAAUCAAUCAAUCAGAUUAAAAUCUCAAAACUUAGGGACAAUAGAUGUGAAUGCACUCUUUGGUUCUGCAUGUUAAAUAUGUAGAAACAGAGCAGUCAGACCAAAUAAAGUAUGAUCAUUCCAUCGUUAUAUAUGUUCUGAAUCUCUUGUUAACUCAUUACCUGCUUUCAGGUUCCCACCCAAUCUGCCACUUUCAUCAAAACGUAGGAUGACAACCAUUUUCCAUAUUUGAAUGAAUCAAGUCUGUCUUGGUAUAAUAUUCCUAACAGCAAAGUUGUAAGGAAAUGCUGCACUUUGAAAUCAGCUACAAUUAUUUGGUUGCCACCUACAUUGCCCAAACAGUGCACAUUAUGCUUGAGCACAGAAUUAAGAGUAAGAGUCCCAGUGAUUCUCGUCCCAGUUUGGCUGCUAGUAGUCAGCCAGGUUUGCCCACUCCUGACUUAGGGUAAGAUUCAGUUCAGCCGCAUGCACAGGUGCAGAGUCUGCACAUGGUGGAUUCUCAUAGGCUCAACAGAAGGCUCCCUCCCUCUGCCUAAUACACAUAUGCAGUGUAAAGAACCACUGCGGGGAAUAGGAGGUUUGUGUGUCUCUACUAUAUCCAAAUCAAGCCUUCCCCUAACUCAGUGCAAGUUACAUUGCUGUUUAUGUGUACACAGACAGUAGGGAGGGGUGCAAUUGGGCUCUGUUGAGCCUAUGGAUAUCUUUUGGAUGCAGCUUCCAUCAUGCUCGUAGAGAGAAAUCCAGCAAAAGUUAGGUACUUUAAGAUUCAUUGAUUUUCAAGCAUGUGCUUGAUUUACACUCCUUGAAAUAAAUGACAAUCAUAGAACACAACUUUGGCUAGAUCACUCUCUUAUUUAGAAUUUUGUUUCAUUUUUUGUGCAUGACUUUGAGCAGUUAGUCAUCAGAAUUGUAAGCCAUGCAUUUGGCCCUUCUUUUCCAUCUUAGAAUGGGGAUUCUUUGCUUACCUACCUCGUUAGGAAAUGUGUGGCUUAACCAGUGUUUUCAAAGCACUUUGAAAAGAAUGCAGAAUGGAGUGCUAGGUAGCAAAUUGAACAUCAGCAUAAAGAACGUCAUUAACUUCACCUGGCUCUCUGUACAUGAAGCACAUGCGCCUGAAUUGUCAGAAAACAGGACCUGAGCACAAGCCCUGGUGGGCCCUCUUCCAGAUGUGGUUACUACAUAAGAAUAUACGAACAGCCUUGCUGGAUCAGGCACAUGGCUCAUCUAGUCCAGCUUCCUGUUUCACACAGUGGCCCAUCAGAUGCCACUGGGAGUCCACAGGCAGGAGUUGAGGGCAUGCCCUCUCUCCCCCUGUUACUCCUCUGCAACUGGUAUUCAGAGGCAUCCUGCCUUUGAGGCAGGAGGUGGUCUAUGGACCUCCAACUAGUAGCCGUUGAUAGACCUCUCCUCCAUGAAAUUAUCCAAACUCGUCUUAAAAGCUAUCCAGGUUGUUGGCUGUCACCAAAUCUUGUGGCAGGUUCUGCUCCUCUUCAAAAAUAUCCCUGUUCUUUUAAGUUCUAAAUUCUCAUUAGUUUCACCAAAGUCCUUAUCAGGCAUGCUGCGAAUAGCAAGGUUUUUGCAAAAUAAUAGCAAGAUAGGAAUGGUGCAUUUUUUUUCCUUUGUAAAAGUAUAGAUUACUUUUCAUGGAAGAGACCUUUAGCACUGUAAUGCGAAUAAGCCAUUAAUCUGCUGUUUGGUAGAAUUUAGGAGAACACUCCCAUUUGUGCCAGUGAAACACUCAUGCCGACCAAAAUGUUCUUAUGGCCUUGGUCUCAGCUCAUCAGAGUAAUGGGUAGUAUUUGGGGAAUGACAAACUAACCUUGAUUUGUAGCAGAAUCCUGCACAGGUUUCCUCUGAAAUAAGUCACAGUGAUUAAUAUGGGAUUUACUCCUUAGUAAGAGUGCAGAGGAUUGCAAGCUUAGUCAAAAGAAGCCGGUUUAGCCCGUGAGUCUCAAAGCACUCAGUCCAAGCAAUGCUACUUCAAAUAAAGUAAUCCGGAUACUUUAUCUCUUUCCUAACCCAUGUGGUCCUCCUUUUGAAAUAAAGUUCUCUGAAUGGAAAGAACAAGUAGUACAGCUGAGCAGGUGGGAAGGACAAAAUGUUUCUGGGGACUUACCCGAAUAGUGGUGUUAAUAAGCUCUGAAGAGAUUUGGAGGGCAGCCUGCGCUACAGCCAAAUUAAUCAGAAAGUUUUGGAUUCAAGCCAGGUGAUUCUCAUUGACUUCCACUGGGCUGUAAGAGGUUUUGAUGAGACCUGACAUUCUUCAGCAGUUUGUCCCAUGCAGACAUGAAUCUACUUCCGAAGUUGAGCUUGAGAGAUAGGUGUAAAGCAAAGUUUGCAUUUUAAGGAUAUUUUAAAGAUAUUGUAUUAUACUCAGGUGUCAUGUAAUGGUUGCUAUCAUUUCUAAAGAGCCAACAGUGUGCCUGCAAGUACUUGAUUUUUUUUUUUUUAAAGAAAAGAUGUAGAUCUCUUUUUCAUACACUUAUACAUAACAAUUACUCUCCCUCAAGUUUUGAUAAAAUGGAAGAGAUGUGCCCAGUGAGACUUACAAGGUUUGCUACAUGUUAAAUGAGAGAGAUGCUUGUGCAUGACCAAAUUAAGUACAUAUGCUACUUAUUCUUUUGGCCAGGAUUUGUGGCAAACCUCUUUAUAGAUAUAAAUAUAUGCACUGACUGCAAUCACACCCUUUUCAGGCUGUGCACAGCAAUUCCCUACUCUUGCAGGGCAGUUAUGUUUGGUUUUUCAUCCUGUAGUUCAAGCAGCUAUGCUCCGUGAUACAGUCUAUCUGUGGGACCUUGCUACCUCCAAAUGUACAUGGCAGAUCACUUGUUUGGAAGCUGCCAUAUGCAGGGUGGAUUUGAUUUAAAUCAAACUGAUUUAAAUCACGAUUUAAAUCACGAUUUAAAUCACUAGCAGGGUGGAUAAAAGUCAAUGAUUUUUUAAAAAAAUCAAAAAAAUUGGAUUUAAAUAAAAAAAUCCAAUUUAAAUCAAAAAAUCCAAUUUAAAUAAAAAAAUCUGAUUUUUUUGAUUUUUUUAAAAAAAUCAUUGAUUUUUAUCCACCCUGCUAGUGAUUUAAAUCGUGAUUUAAAUCGUGAUUUAAAUCAGUUUGAUUUAAAUCAAAUCCACCCUGGCCAUAUGUCUGCAUCGCCUUUCCAUUUCAGGGAAAUCACCAGGAUGGCAUAUUUGAAUUGGCUGUCUAUCACCCAGGCAGGCGUGUAAAAAGCUUGAACUCUUUGUUAACUUGAUAUGGCCAGGUUUUGAGAGAUCCUGCAAAGGGAAAUGUGUCUCUGUGGGUUUGUUCAGGUUCUCCCGCUUGCACAUCACUCCCUGGGGGAAGUGAGAAGGAGGAUGCACAAACUGCAUAUGAAUCCUCUGUUACUGCUCUUCAGGUAAUGUGCAAAGUGUGUCCAAGAGCAUCCCCUAAAAUGCCCUGCCAUGUCUGUCAUGGAUUUGGGGACUCGCAUACAUAUCUUGCAUACAUUCCUUUCACUUGCCUUGACAGAAUGCCUCUGACAGGAAAGAGGAGGGGAGGUGUGGGCCAAAGAGGGUUCCUCUAUCCUGUUGAGGCCGGAAAGGUGAAAUUGAGACUUUGACUCCUACUGAGAACUCGUGGCAUGGCAUUGAAUGUUUAGUGUUGGACUAGGACCAGGGAGAGCUGUUUUUAGUUCAGCCACUAAGUGAAUUGUAUGACCUUGGGCCCUUUACCGCCACUCAACUUAACCUUCCUCACAGAGUUGUGAGGACAGGUGGGGAGAGAGACAAGGGGGAGAAUACUGGAUAUCGCCCUGAACUCCUUGGAAAAAGUCCAGGAUUAAAGCAUAGUAGUGAUGUGAAAAUAGCUACAGGCACCUUAAUGAAGGGGUGCCAUGCAAUCUGCUUCCAUGUCACCUAAGAUGACUUCUGCAAAGAAUUCUUUUUCUUUUCCAAACACUUUUCAAUCACUUUUUAUAUGGGGCUCCUCUCCUCUCCUCUCCUCACCUCGCCUCGCCUCACCUCACCUCUCCUCUCCUCAGAGGGAAGAGGAGAGAGAUUAUAUGUACCCAGCUAAUGUCUGCUCAUUUCCAUAGGGCUGUCUUCUGAUUUAAUGGGCAACAGUGUCCCUCUGGACUGCCAGUGAAGGAGCUCCAUUGUUAGAGGAGCCUUUCUAUACAUCCCACCAUAAGUGAAUAUUUCAGGGUUUUCUGCUGCCAUUAGGAAUUAGUUGCAAUGAAAUACACAAAGACUCUGGAGCAAUCUUAGGGAUAUCUUUGUAUCUGCUGUUGUUUUGCGCAAAUGCUCACCUCAUUCUUUGUAAGAUUCUGUGCAUGAAACUGAACAAAACAGUUUUAGUCUUUAUUUGUGCUUGUUUGCUUUUUUGAAAAACUUGUUCUGUGUGAAGUCUUGGUUGCUGGUUUUACUGUACAAAUGAGUACUGCACAUUACUUUUAUUUUAUUUUAUUUUUGGCAAAAAGGACAAAAGUAAAGUGUUCUAAAUAAAGUCAUUUCUGAAAUCA